UUGGUGUGGAAAGGCACAACAACCAGGAGAACUUCCUGUUGUGGAUCAAUGAGGAGGACCACACCCUGAUCAUCUGGAUGGAGAAGGGCAGCGACAUGAAGAGGGUGUUUGAGAGGUUUUACAGGGGACUCAAGGAGGUGGAGAGGUUGAUCGUGGAGAAGGGCUGGGAGUUCAUGUGGAGCAAGAGGCUGGGUUACAUCCUCACCUGCCCCUCCAACCUGGGCACUGGACUCAGGUCAACCUGCCUCGUCUCAGCAAGAAGAUACUGGACAACCUGCUUCUGCAGAAGUGAGGUAUGGGUGGCGUGGACGCCGCAGCUGUGGGCACAACCUUUGACAUCUCUAAUCUGACCAGACUGGGUUAGUCAGAGGUCCAGCUGGUUCAGAAUGUGAUUGAUGGGGUUAAAUACCUGAUUGUGUGUGAGAAGAGACUGGAGCGAGAUCAGGAUAUCCAAAUCCCUGCACCCAUCUCAGUUCAGGUUGAGAGAGACUGGCCUUGCAGAUGCCCCGACUUGCGAUUUUUACAUUCACAAACAAUAUACUUCAAUAAAGCUAUAUAAA